UUGGCAAUUGGUCGUUCAGGUCCGUGUUUUCGGUAACUAAGCGUGUGUGUGGGAUGGGCCGCUGCAGUCGCGCUCGCUCGUUCUGAUGAGAGACUGAUAGAGCUCGAGCUGCUCAGUCCACACACUGGCCCCAUCCACGACCCGGCGGACGGACGAGGACAUGUGUUAGAGGACCCAUAAUGAAUCGCGCUGAGAUGGAGAUGUCAGGGCCAGGUGUGAGCCGACACAGACGCACAGUGAAGAGGAGACGGUGGGGAAGACUGAGGCAGCAAUGGAAUCUGCUGGGUCUGUUUGAGAUCGACCAGCAGCAUGAGUUUUACAGUCUCACCUGUAUGAUGAAGGAAGGGCUGUGUGCCGCUGUGCAGAACACCAUUGACAACCCUUUACCUGAUGAGUUGUCUGAGGAUGACUACAAUCUUGAGGUUACUCAAAUCCAUAAGGACUUCAGGAUGGAGACGUAUGCUGGGCCGGUGUUUGCCAGUCUGCGGCGCUCCCUGGGGAUGACAGAGAAGGAAUAUCAGCAGUCUCUCUCCUCUGAAGGCAGCUACCUGCAAUUCAUCAGCAAUUCCAAGAGCAAGGCUGACUUCUUCCUAACUAAUGACAAGCAGUUCUUCUUAAAGACACAGAGUAAAAGAGAAGUGCGAUUCCUCUUGUCUAACUUGAGAAUCUACAUGGAACAUCUGGAGAAGUACCCACACUCGCUGCUCGUCAAAUUUUUAGGUGUUCACAGGAUCAAAAUUGCACAUCAGAGGAUGAAGUACUUUAUUGUGAUGCAAAGUGUCUUUUACCCUGAUGACAGAAUCACAGCAAGGUAUGAUAUAAAGGGCUGUGAGAUGAGCCGGUGGACGGACCCAGCCCCUGAAGGCAGCCAGAUCAUUGUUGUUUUGAAGGAUCUUAAUUUUGAAGGACAGUUCAUUCAGUUAGAUCAGCAAUGCCCUUGGUUCCUGCGUCAGGUGGAGAUUGACACUGCCUUUCUUCAAACGCUCAAUGUUUUGGACUACAGUCUCCUGCUGGCCCAUCAGCCCCUGCACCAGGAUGAACUCAGCCAGAGUCUCUCUUUCGCAACACUCAUCAUGCGUGCCAAAAAGUCAGUAAAUGCAACAUCCAGUCCUACACAUGCCACUUCGCCAACUGUUCCCGGGGUGGUGGCAGAGGAAGACUCCACACCCCUCUCCUCAGAAUUACAUUCAACACAGUGUCACAUAACAGAAAUGCACAGAGGCAAUGAUGGAACGGACAUUGCAAGUCUUGAGGAAGACAAAAUUGAACAACCCAGUAUGUUGGGAGCAGAGUCAGCCGAUCUACAAAUAUUCCAGGCCCAGAACCGGAGACUACUUCCCAACUUCAAGAACCCGCUUCAUGUCAUUGAUGGACCAGAGCAGCGUUACUUCGUCGGGAUAAUUGACAUCUUCACUGUUUAUGGUUUCAAAAAGAGGCUUGAGCACCUGUGGAAAAGUCUGAGACACCCACGACAAACAUUCUCCACAGUUAGUCCUCCAGCUUACUGUCACAGGUUGUGCCAGUGGGUUCAGGACCACACCAAAUAAAAUAAGAGUGCUUGUAUGACGGAUGGACACACUGUGUACACAUCUGACUCAUACAUACCUCAAUAUGUUAACACAGUGGAAAGGAUCUGAAUGUACAUUUGAGAGCAAAUUUUUUAUAGCUGUUCGUUUAAAUAAAGACGAUGCUAAUGCAAGUACUUGUUGGAACACUGUAGUUCAUGAAAAAUGCCAAAGUUAAAAGUUGUAUUAAUUUAAAAUUGUUACAUAAGUAACAGUGCAGUGACUGUGAAUAGGGAUAAAACCUAUUAUGAAAACAUGUAAGAGCAAAGGAGAGUGUAACUUUUGUUUUAAGCAUGCUUUUAAAUGAAAAAUGAAUUAUGUAAUGCUGGUUACAUACAUCACAUUUAUUGAAAAGAACAUUGCUACCAUU